AAUUUUAAUUUUUUAACCUAUAUCUCCUUUCUGAUUGGACAACGUGAGUUCUGCGUCACGACAGCGUGCUCUCUGAUUGGCUGUCUUGAAUUGGCGGGGGGAAGAAUCUGCUUCAAACAUGAAAACAUCACAUCUCUCAUUCAGGAAGUUUAUUUGAGGAAGCAGCUGCUGAUUUGACGUUUAGAAGUUAAAGAAACAAUAAAGUAGAUUUUAAUUUGUAUGAAAACAUGAACAUGGAGGGCUGUAAGGAUGACGCGGAGGUGUCGGAAGUUUCUGACAGGCUGGAGAAAUCUUUGUGUAUGGAGGACCAGAUGGAAGCAUACAGCAGGUUGAUUUCAGACGGCAAAGCUGUUGCCAAACAAGGAGACAUUCAGGAAGCUCUGAAGCUGUUCAAACAGGCGUUCAGCAUCCACCAAACCCCCAAACUGGAGAGACGAAUAAAGAAGAUCGAAGAACUCCUGGCCGAGAAUGACUUGGAGGACGAAGACGACGAGUUUGUCAACGUGAACAAUAGCGGCCUAAUGCUGUUUAAAGAGCUGUAUGACAGGCUGUACGACUAUCAGAGAGACGGAGUUUCCUUCCUGUUCGGCCUCUACAGGGACGGCCGGAGAGGAGGAGUUCUGGCGGACGACAUGGGACUCGGGAAGACCAUCCAGAUCAUCUCCUUCCUCUCUGGCAUGUACGACAAUGACCUGAUAAAACACACUCUGCUGGUCAUGCCAACCUCUCUCAUCACAAACUGGGUCAAGGAGUUCAGCAAAUGGACUCCAGGAAUGAGGGUGAAGGAUUUCCACGGUGCCAGUAAAGCAGAGAGGACCAGGAGUUUGGAGAAAGUUCAGAGGCGAGGAGGAGUGAUCAUCACCACCUACACCAUGCUGAUGAACAACUGGCAGCAGCUGGCCUCAUUUCAGGGGAAGGAGUUCUGCUGGGACUACAUGAUCCUGGAUGAAGCACAUAAGAUCAAAAACUCUUCCACCAAAACGGCAAAAAGUGCCUACGCCAUUCCGUCCAAGAACAGGAUUCUCCUGACGGGAACGCCGGUCCAGAACAACCUCAGGGAAAUGUGGACCCUCUUUGACUUUGCCUGUCAGGGAACUCUCCUGGGAACAGCCAAGACUUUCAAAUCAGAGUAUGAGAACCCCAUCACCCGCGCCAGGGAGAAGGAUGCUACUCCUGGGGAAAAGGCUCUUGGCUCCAGGAUGUCUGAGAACCUCAUGACUCUGAUCAAGCCCUACUUCCUGCGCAGAACCAAAUCAGAAGUGCAGAAGAAGAAGACUGGUGGAAAAGAGGCAAAUUCAGACCCUGAUAACCACCAAAACCCCCAGCCAGCCUCUGGGGCGGUCAUGCCCAAACUCACCCGAAAGAAUGACCUGAUCGUCUGGACUUACCUGAGUGCCGUUCAGGAGGACAUUUACAGACAGUUCAUCAGUUUGGACCACAUCAAGGAGCUGCUGAUGACCACCAGAUCACCUCUGGCUGAAUUAAACAUCCUGAAGAAGUUGUGUGACCAUCCGAGACUGUUGUCUGCCAAUGCUAUUGCACAGUUAGGGCUGGAUCAAAAUCCUGAGGGGGAAAAUGAUGAGACUGAUGUAAAGAGUAUCGCAAACAUUUCAGAUGAAACUUUGAUAUCAGAAUCUGGAAAGCUUGCCUUUCUGUUGGCUCUUCUGGAGCGUCUGAGAGAGGAAGGCCACCGAACGCUGGUCUUUGCUCACUACAGGACAGUCCUCGACAUCCUCCAACGGAUCCUUGGCAACAGAGGGUUCAAACUGCUGAGACUGGAUGGAACCAUCACCCAGAUCACAGAACGAGAAAAACUGAUCUCUCGGUUUCAAACAGACAAACGUUACUCCGUGUUUCUCCUCACCACUCAGGUUGGAGGAGUGGGCAUCACCCUGACAGCAGCAAACAGAGUAGUCAUCUACGAUCCGAGCUGGAACCCUGCCACAGACGCUCAGGCUGUCGACAGAGCGUACCGCAUUGGCCAGACAGAAAACGUGGUGAUCUACAGACUGAUAACCUGUGGAACGGUGGAGGAGAAGAUCUACAGGCGGCAGGUUUUCAAAGACUCCCUGAUCCGGCAGAACACCGGAGACACCAAGAACCCGUUCAGGUACUUCAGCAGACAGGAACUGAAGGAGCUCUUCACCCUGGAGGACCCAAGGUCUUCAAGCACCCAACUUCAGCUGCAGGAUAUGCACUCCAGACAACGACGGACGGACCCAGCUCUAGAUCAGCACAUCGCUCAACUGUAUGCUAUGCACAUGUUUGGGAUUUCAGACCACGACCUCAUGUUUUCCCUUGAUGUGAACCAUGAUGAGGACCCUGAAGACCAGGAGGCGUGCCACUACAUCGAAGGGCGGGUCCAGAAGGCUCAGGAGCUGAUGAAGGCAGAGUCUGAGCUGCAGAUGCAGCUGGCGGCGAGCAUGGCGUCCAGCACAGAACCAGCCUGGCUGAGACAGGCGCCGGACAACACCAGGCGCCGGUCCAACGAGAAGAAACCAAGGAACCCAAUGCCUGGACUUCCUCCUCCACUUCCUGACCCCAACGUGUCUCUGGAGGGGGUGGAUAUGGACCGGUCCGGUUCUGGAGGAAAGCAGCUCCAUCAGGAGUCCAGCAAUGAAGUCAUUGAUCUGUCUGGAGAGGCUUCUGCAGAACCAAUGGGCGGCUCUUCUGGACCGGACGCCAGUCUGAUUGAGAUCACAGCAGACGAGAAGCCCGACGGGCCGACCAGAACCUCUGAGACCAACCAGCAGAACCUGAGCGACUCGGACCUUCAGCAGUAUGACGCCUCCAGACUGAGUGCCGGGCUCGAGUCUUCUCACGGAAACUUCAACCUGGAGCUGGAGGACAGCGACGAAGACGAGGGUCUGGAUGCUGCCGACACCGAGGAAGAGGAGCAGAACCUUCUGACCGGUGCCGACACCGAGGAAGAGGAGCAGAACCUUCUGACCAGUGCCGACACCGAGGAAGAGGAGCAGAACCUUCUGACUGAGCUUCAGCUCAACGGCAGCUUCAGCGUCCACAAGUCCCUGACGGAGAGUCUGUGCAGACAGACCGGCGUCUCGGGUCUGGACCAGUCCACCAACGGGACCGCCAACAGGUCCGCCAAUGAGUCCAUUGUGGGCACCAAGAGGAAGAGGGCAGCAGUGAUUUAUGACAGUGAUGAAGAGGAGCAGCAGCUCAUCGGCUCCUUCCAGGCGCUCGGAUCGUCCACACCCAAAAUGUCUCCACCCAGGUCCAGACGGAGCGUCGCAGGAAACACGUCUGUGGUCUCCAAUCGCUCCCGGCUCCAGCUCGUCAUCCAGGACUCAGACGAGAGCGAUGAAGAGGAAGCCGAGAAGGUGCUGGGGAUGAACUCUGAGCAGGAAGUGACGGCUGGAGAGACUCUGCAUACAGAGGAAGAGGAGGAUGAGGAUGAAGAGGCGUCGGAGCAGUUCUCUACAGCGGGCGGCGACAGCAUGGCGGGUUCUGCUCAAGAUGAGCCUCGGCCGGAGGAGGAGCUGAGUUGCCAUGGUAACGGAGCAUCGCCCGAGCCCCUGAGCCUGGAGGAGUCGAGCGUCGAGGCGGAGCUGGCCUCCGGCGAGCAGAUGGACCGCUGCGCCGCGUCUGGCGCCGACCCGGAGAGCUACGAGUCUCUGGUCCGCAGCGGGAAGGAGAGGAUCAGCCAGAACCGACCCGACGACGCGCUGGACUUCUUCCUCAGAGCCAUCGACCUCCGACCCGGCGACCCCGAGGUCCAGCUCAUCACCAUCCAGCUGUACCGGCAGCUCAGCCACAGGCGGUAGCAGCAGAACCGCCCAGCGGCCCGGAACCAGCAGGAAGCCGGCUGGUUCAGGUAGAUGGACUCUGAUCGGCCUCUACCUGAACCAGGAGUCGGAUGUUUCUCUCCUGGACGUUUUCUGGAUUAAAUGUAAAAAUAUGAAAUAAAGUUGUGACUAAACCAAAAUG